CGCAACACGCCGUUUGUCCGACGAAGAAGAGCUCGGCGGCCUGUCGCGCUGCCUCGAUGGAGGACGAACUUUCUAGAAGCGCGUCUGAGGACGAGGGCGCGUGGAGGAGCGUGGACACAGGCUCCCAGGACGGCGAUGCGGCUGAAGGCCCCUGCCGGGUUGUGCUACACUUGGACAUGGACUGUUUCUACGCUCAGGUGGAGAUGAUUCGGAACCCGGCCCUGCGCGCCGUCCCCUUAGGUGUUCAGCAGAAGUACAUCAUCGUCACGUGUAACUAUGUGGCCAGGCAGCACGGCGUGAAGAAGAUGAUGCUCGUCACAGACGCCAAGGAGAAGUGUCCCCAGCUGGUACUGGUCAGUGGAGAAGACCUGACCCGCUACAGGGAGGCAUCCUACAGCGUCACAGCGCUGUUGGAGAAGUUCUGCCACCAAGUAGAGAGACUGGGGUUUGACGAGAAUUUCAUGGAUGUCACAGAGCUGGUGGAGAGCAGACUAAAGCAGGAGACAAAACCCGCUGACAUUUCAGUCAACGGUCACGUGUACGACUGUCAGUCCCUCGACACCGGAGUCCAGGACCACCGCCGGCUCGCCCUGGGAUCCCACAUCGCCGCAGAGAUACGAGCCACUGUCCACAGGCAGCUGGGCCUCACAGCCUGCGCUGGGGUCGCGUCCAACAAGCUUCUGGCCAAGCUGGUGUCAGGUGCCUUUAAGCCCAACCAGCAGACGACGCUGCUGCCGGAGAGCACAGCGCACCUGCUGGGCAGCUUGAGGGGUCCACAUGCGGUGCCCGGGAUCGGCUACCGCACAGCCUGUCGGCUGGAGGCCCUGGGGCUAUGCACCUUGGAGGACCUGCACCGGGUUCCGCUUGUGGAGCUCGAGAAGGAGCUGGGAGCAGCAGCUGCCCGACGCGUGCGCAGCCUGAGUCUCGGCGUGGACCCAUCGCCCGUGACCCCCAGUAGACCGCCGCAGUCUCUGAGCAACGAGGACUCCUUCAAGAAGGUGUCCACGGAAGUGGAGGUGAAGAAAAAGGUUGAAGAGCUCAUGAUCACACUACUGGACAGAAUGCACAAGGACGGCAGGACCCCUCGCACCCUCCGCCUGACCAUUCGGCGCUUCUCUCGCACCGUCAACAAGUGGUUCAACCGGGAGAGUCGUCAGUGUCCUGUCCCAGGACUCCUGGGCCACAAGAUCCGCUCAGGAGGUGGUGAUGCUCUGGGCCCUCUGGUAAAGCUCGCCAUGAAACUUUUUCACAGAAUGGUGGACACGCGCGUUCCAUUCCACCUCACCCUGCUCAGUGUGUGCUUCAGCAACCUGCAGUCCCCCUGCACAGCCAAAAGGGGCUCCAUCCAGGCUUUCUUUGCCCACGAGUCUCCUCACAAACGAAGAAUGGACUCCCCCUCUCAGGGCGCGCUGUUUGAGGACAUGGACUCAGGUGGCAGACUGACAACAGGGGGGAGGCCUCAGGAUGGACACCUGGGCUCCAGCUGUGUGUGUGACAAUGUGUCUCUUACCCCCCCUGCUGGCGUGGACCCCCAUGUGUUUCGGGAUCUUCCUGCUGACAUUCAAAAGGAGCUGCUGUCCAGCUCAACGGUGGACACUGUCCUGCGAUGUCCCAGCUCAGCAGGACCCUCAGAUUCAGAGCCAGGCUUUGUCACAGGGCUCCACCUCUCUUCCUCUGAGUGUUUGCAGCAGCGCCACCCUGUGGAGCUGCACACAGAGUCCCGUUCCCCAGUGUGUGAUGUGCCUCCACAUAUCGACCCCCAGGUGUUUGCAGAGCUUCCUCCGGAGCUGCAGAGGGAGCUGCUUUCUGAGUGGACGCGCAAGACGUCUGCGGUCAAUGCAGCCUCCGCCAGGCACGGGCGCCCUGCUGCAUCUAGGGGGUCAAAAUUGGCCACGGCAAGCAGCAGCCAGACAAACAACUUAUUGAGGUACUUCAAGCCCUCCUGAGGCUGAUAAGGCAGUGUGGUGUGAUUCACACUUCUCUACGCUAUGGACACUCUCUUCUCUCUCACGCACACACGCCUGAGCGACCAGUUCCGUUGCCCAGCCUGUAUACCAUCCUCCUCGCAGCAGCACUCCUCAGCUGGAUGGUGCUGCUGUCACAUCCACUGGGAGGGGAAGAGUGAUGCGAUCCAGGAUUCAAGUAACACACCGCUAGGGUCCCGUGUGCUGCGUGUUGUGUCAAGAGAACAUGUGUCGUAAUAAUGUUAAAAUGUUUAAAACUUUGGAGGUUAAUUCCUCAAGGUGAUUGUCAACACUAUUACAGUUGUGCUUGCUUUUUCCUCUAAGAAAAUGUAUAAUGUUGAAUAAAUGUCCUUUUGAUGUGAAGGGAAGCCGUUUUUCCAGUCUAGUUGUUGUGUGUUUGCAGGUUUCUAAGUGUUUUCACAGUUGGGUCCAGGAACUGUGUUCCAGUGAACCAGAGCAGCACACAGUUCAACUCUAUUAAGUGCUUUCACUGAACCUGUUUCCUGCACUUUUUCCCAGGUGUUUCACCUGGUAAAGAAGCAACAAAUCACAUGUGUGCUCUUAAAUUAUGGUGCUUUAUUGUCAACGUGUUUUUAAAAAAAGGGGGAGACACUUUGCAAAAUCAGUCUUCUGAGGUUAAAAAAACUGCUAAACAGUUAAUUUGUAAAUAGUUGCAGUUUGGAAAAAAAUAGUAAAAAAUGUAAAUGAAUGGAUGCCGUUGACAAGAGCAUAUGGGAAAAGAUUAAUUGGCACAAUGACAGCAUGAGAUUAGCUUUUUAUUACCAAUGAGCAAAAAUCUGAUUUGAUUG